AUGCCCAAAGCCAUCGCGACAAAAAGACAACGUGCUUCUCAAGCCUGCGAUUUCUGUCAUGCUCGAGGCUUGAGGUGUCGUCGCAGCGCUCACCAAGAUGACGAUCAACCAAACGGCAAUGGGUUUUGCGUUACAUGUACAAGCUACGGUGUUCAAUGCACGAUGAACAGGCCUGUCAAGAAGCGAGGACGAAGACCGCGAGUCAUGGCCUCAGAUGAGCACGAGACCGAGAGGCGGCUGUCUCAAAACUCGCAUAUCAUCUUCCCAUUCCUAAACGAGAACGAUCUUCUUACACGAUGGGAGCAUGGCAUCCCAGAUGCAGACGAGCCAUCGUACAUGCUUCUGAUGGCCCUAUGUGCGAUCAGCUCGCAUGCCGCCGUUUUGAAAGCAGUCUUUGACGAGACACUGCUCGAAGACUUGACAAUUCCGGAUAGCGAACAUUACUUCAUGGAGGCAAUUUCGAAGAUUCCUGCGCAAUUUUCUCAGCCUCAAGACCUUGACUAUUUACGAUCGUUUGGCCUGCUCACAGUGUAUUCACUGCAGCGCGGGAACAACGGCGAUUUCCAUCGCUACCUCGGCAUGUAUCAUGCCAUCGUCGCUGAGUAUGGUUUCCAUGAUGAAAAUCGCUGGUCCGAUGAUCUCUCUCUAUCUGAAGUCGAUGAUCGCCGAAGAUUGUUCUGGUGUGUAUAUCGUCUUGAGAUACACUCAUCGUGCGUCUUUGGUCACUUGGUGCGCCUACCAGAAGCACAAGUGUCAGUCUGUUACCCCCGAAUCACUCCUGCGAUGGACCCAGAAACCCAAAGUUGGACAGCUGGCUGGGACUAUAUCACAGAUCUCUUUCGUGUCCUUGAAUAUGCUAUUUUCGGUCUGCGUGCGUGUAAGAAUCGCAAAGCUAUACUAGCUGUCUUCUGCGAUCGCCCAUCCCCGACUAUGCUGCUCGACAGCCUAGCUCAACUCAAGGCAAGCAAGCCCCGUACGUUGACCCGAGUGAAUGAUUCGGAUAGCGACGGUCUCAGCAAUCGGUGCAGGUACAUGGCUGUACAAAUCAGCUGCACCGAAACAACGACCACGAUCAUGGCCUUGCUCUAUUGCCAAGCGCCUGCACGCGACGUCAUGGAGGUUGCUGAGAACUUCUUGCAAGAGUUAAGCUCAGCGCCGCUCAUCAUGUUCAAAAUUGCGAGUAAUCAAAUUGUGCAUCAGCUACUUGGAGUCGGUCACAUGCUCUCAAACGCAUCACGUUACGACAACGGGCAAUACAGAGCAGAAGCAAGACGACUCAUCGCAUUUCUGGGAGAUCUGGUCAAGAGUCUGGAGAGUGUGGUUCCUGCAGCCGGAGCUGCUGGACACAAAUUGCUUAUGCUCGCUGAAGUCACCGCAUGA